AUGCUGAGCAAUUUGGCGCGUACUUCUGGCCGUAUGGCCUUCAUCCGAGGGAUAUCGUCCGCUCAGAUGGACGCCCAUGCUCAAGUCAUCGAUGAACAGAAGCCAAUGGAAGAACAGAGCAACCCGUCCUUCUUCAAGAUGGUUGAUUACUAUUUCGAUAAGGGAGCAUCUGUUAUUGAGCCAAAAUUGGUCGAGGAAAUGAAAUCAAAUGUGAUGAGCACAAAAGACAAGAAGAACCUCGUCAGCGGUAUUCUGAAAGCGAUCAAGCCGGUCAACAAGGUUAAUUGCUAA